GAAGUGACCAGUGAUCUAUCGAAAAACAUUUAAAGGUAGCAUUGGUAACUCAGUGUGGUUUGUAUCUUAACCCAGCUAUCUGGAGUGGUUACGUAAUCUGUACCGUGUAACACGGCAGUUAUACCCAGGCCUUGGCACGAUGCUGAGCGCCGCCGCGGCAGAAAGAAAUAAGGAGCCUAUUUUGGCGGUGCUCCGGCAGACGGUGAACAUCGGCAGACCUCUGCAGGCACUGGAGAUAUCGUCCGGUACAGGGCAGCAUGUCACUUAUUUCGCACAAGCUCUGCGGAAUAUAAUCUGGCAACCCUCCGAGUAUGACCACCAGUCUCUUGCCAGUAUAGAAGCUUAUAGAGCUCACUACAAGCUGGACAAUGUGAAGCCUGCCAUCCACCUGGAUGCUUCUCUGCCGUACCAACACUGGGGAUGGAUCCAUCCAGAGAGUCUCGACCUGGUCCUCAACAUCAACAUGAUCCAUAUUUCUCCUUUUGCUUGUACGGAGGGUUUAUUCAGAGGGGCCGGGGCAGUGUUGAAGCCACAGGGUCUUCUUUUGACAUAUGGGCCUUAUGCGGUGAAUGGUCAGAUCACCCCUCGGAGCAAUGUAGAGUUUGACCACAGUCUAAGGCAGAGGAACCCAGAAUGGGGACUCAGGGAUAUCUCACUCCUCAGUUCUCUGGCACAGAAAUAUGGUUUAUUCCUGGAGAAAAUGGUGGACAUGCCAGCGAACAAUAAAUGUCUUCUGUUCAGGAAGGAGAGCCUAGUGUGAGGUAUCCUGAUAGUCCUUUUCUGGAUUCACUCUGGUUUUGGAGCUGCAUGGCCUCAGCAUCUUAAUUUAAGCUUGGAUAUAUGGCCAAAUUUUUAAGAUUCAUAAACAAGUCAUGUUAUUUCCAUACUCUGAAACACACUGAAACAACUCAUUUUUUUCUGUAUUGCUUAGCUGAGUUAAAAGCUCUGAAACAGUUUAUGUUGCCUCUGUUCUUUACCUCAAAAUUACCAGCUAUUAUUUUUCUAUUUUAUUUGAAUUAUUUUUAUUAUAGUAAUUUAGUGCUUUGCAGAGAUAAGAGAGAAUAUAUAUUGCAUAACAUACAUUACAUAAAAUAAGAAUAUUUGUAUAAAAACACUUAAAAUGUAACAACUAAUUUAAGGAAGCAAAAACAAAACAAACUAGAAGCAAAGAUCUGCAGGUGCCCAUUUCUCAAGUCAUACAAGAAUCUCUUGUUUAGCUGCUGUCUUAUUGUUAAAUACAAACACAUACAACACAUUCCACAGACACACACACACACACAUUAUAUAUACACACACAUACAUAUAUAUAAAUUGUGUGUGUGUAAAUAUAGAUUUUAAGUACUGGUUCGAGUGGAAUGUAACAGGCUGUGUUGAGAUGAAAAUGCUUUCAUAACUUGAUUGAAAUGCUUGUGGGCGUGUUUUGUAAUCACAUAUUAAAUAUCAGCUUAUUUGUGGUCA